ACAUGGUGUCCUUUCUUUUGUUUCUUUUAUGUCUUCUUGUAUCUGUGUUUGCUGGGUAGUAUAGUGGUAUAUGAUUAGCAAUCUAUGUUUAAAGUUCGAAGUAGAAAUGAUAUAUAGUAUAACACCAUAUUCAUUUGGUUCAUGAUCUAUCAAGAGUUCUAGAUGGGCUUAAGCUUUUCUUUCAAGUAUAUAUACAUUGAUACAUCAAAUACUGCUAAACAUAUUUUAGCAUAAACCUUAAUUAAAAUGAUGUGAAGUUUCUUGCAGAGUGUAACCUGAUGCAGAAUUAGAGGAGGAGACGUGGAGGGAAAUUUGCAGGAAAAGUAGUUGCAGUGUCAAGUAGAUGAAGAAUAUUAUAAGCAGUUGAGGAAUAUUCGAAAUUAAACCAACCCAAACUACAUUUCAGCAACACAUAAAGAUUGUGAACUUAUUCUCAUCCAAGCACAUAUAUUGUCUCUUUGAUAUUAUAAUGAUAUUUACCCAAAGUUUGCACUCAAACAAAAUUUUUCUUUUAAUUUUCAACAACACUACCAUCACAUCCAUCGAUGUCUUCUUCCCAAUAUACUUAUUAUCCACUCUCAAUUGCAAUUAGUCCAGCCAUGUUCAAGACUCCCCUGCACCUACAGAAAGCCUGAGUGAUUAUUUCACCCUCGUAGCCAUCUUAUUAUAUAAAUGGAGCCUGAUCAAGGCGACAAAGGAGGAAGACAGCAGGAAGCGAAAGCUGAAGCAGAAAACAAUUCAAUAUGUGGUCCACAUGUGCUCAUUUUCCCAUUACCUGUACAAGGCCAUGUUAACUCCAUGCUCAAGUUAGCAGAGCUCCUUUGCUUAUCUGCAGGUAGUCGAAUACAACAAGUCACCUUCCUCAACUCUGAUUACAAUCACCAUCGUCUCCUCCGCUUCACUGAUGUCCAAACCCGCUUUGCUCGCUUCCCUGGUUUCAGGUUCGAGACCAUUUCUGAUGGACUUCCUGCUCAUCAUCCCCGCUCGGGCGACCUCCUCAACGAGAUGUUUGAUUCCAUCAAAGCUGUAACUAAACCACUUCUUCGAAAAAUGUUGAUCUCCUCAUCAUCAGCAUCUGGUUCAUACACACCAGUGACAUGUAUAAUAGUAGAUGGGAUUAUGAGUACGUUCACAAUGGAUGUUGCAGAUGAGCUUGGGAUUCCUGUUAUUUCUUUCCGUACAAUCAGCGCGUGUUGUUUCUGGGCUUAUUUUUGUAUUCCACAACUCAUUUCAGCUGGGGAACUGCCAUUCAGAUUCAACAAUAUCGAAGAUGAUGAUGACUACAUGGAUGGUAGGAUAACAUCCUUGCCAGGCAUGGAAAGCUUUUUACGCCGUCGAGAUCUCCCAAGUUUCUGUCGAGCCAAAGAUCUUUCUGAUCCGCUUCUCCAGUGUGUCAUAACAGAAACCUGCAACACCAUUUCUCGAGCAUCCGCCCUCAUACUCAACACCUUUGAAGAACUCGAAGGUCCCAUCCUCUCUCAUAUUCGCUCUCACUGUCCUGGAUCGACUAAAGUCUACUCUAUUGGACCUCUUCAUGCUCAUCUCAAGGCUCGACAACAACAACAACGAGAAAGAUUAUCUAAUCAAGCAGAUGAAAGUAAAUCAGCAACCUCUACUUCAAAAACGAUGACAGAGACAAAUAGUCUGUGGGAGGAAGAUCGGAGCUGCAUGACUUGGCUGGAUCUGAAGCCGUUAAGAUCAGUUGUUUAUGUUAGCUUUGGAAGUUUAGCUGUGCUGAGCAGAAAGGAGAUGCUGGAAUUUUGGCAUGGUCUGGUAAACUGCGGGAAGUAUUUCUUGUGGGUUAUACGUCCUGAUUCCAUCAAAAAAGCAGUGGUGUCAGAAAUAUCUGACAGUACUACCUUGACUGGUGAUCAAAAUGAUCAAAUUGACCCGACAUUAAGAUUCAUGAAUGAUAUUGUAGACCCGGGCGAUGGUGACAAUAAGCUGCUAAUGGAGGGAACACAGGCAAGAGGUUUAGUCGUAGGUUGGGUUCCACAAGAGGAGGUACUGGCUCACCCUGCAGUGGGGGGGUUUCUGACCCACAGCGGAUGGAACUCGACGCUGGAGAGUAUUGUGGAGGGUGUCCCGAUGAUAUGUUGGCCAUACUUUGCGGACCAGCAGAUUAACAGCAGGUUUGUGAGUGAGGUGUGGAAAGUUGGUCUGGACAUGAAGGAUAAUUGCGAAAGACGAUUUGUGGAGAGUAUGGUGAACGAUCUGAUGACGACAAUGGAUGUCUGCGAUGAAUCAUUCCAGAGAGAGCACACUGGUGAUAGCGAGUCAGGGUUAUUACGCAGAAGGGUCGAUAAGUUUGCAGAUUUGGCAAGAAGUUCCAUCGGGGAAGGCGGCUCGUCUUACAAGAAUUUUGAUUGUUUAAUUGACCAUAUAGUUAGAACUGCACCUGUCCAUUCCAGCAGUAGGGAAGAUGGUGGUGGUUAAAAUUUCAGUCUUUGAGAUUUAUUGCUGGCAAACAACCAAGUGUAAAUUGUAACUAGGUUAUCAUCUUUUUCGACCUUGUUUGACAAGUUCUAAGUUUUGUAUGAAAUCAUCACACAGGUUGAAUGCAAAAUUUUAAGGUUGCCUGCUAGAA